UCCUUCUCCUUCCCCUCCCGGUUUCUCUAACUCCCCCCCACCCAACUUUUUUUUUCCUUUUUUUUCUUUGGCAGCUGCACUAGUGACGGCGGCGCGGCAGCACAGAGUAGCACAACGGCGCCUGACAGUUGCGUGCAUAUGGGGUCUUUCUUAUGGUUCCUGGUGACCACACAUUGUCCCGUUCUUACUCAUUGCAGCAGUUAGUGCUUCACAGAGGUCCUGCAAUGGACAUUUACUGCAAGCUCUAGUUCCAAAACAGAAUCCAGGGAAAUAUUUCUGACCAAGAGCUGGAUGAACAAGAAGUUCAAGGGAGUAGUAAAGAAAGGAAAAGAAGCCCAUUAAAGAUUAGAAAAACUGAAUGCUUGCCAAAGAUAUUUAGGAAGAUUAUGGAUACGCACCAAAUGUUCCAUUUACAUUGUAUGAACACUGUCCUUUUGGUGCUUAUUUGGACUGGCAUUGCAACAGCACAGAAGGAUUGUACAGGUGUGGAGUGUAAGCAGCCAGAAAAUUGCAUUGAAGAAGUUCUAGAGCCUGGAGAAUGCUGCGCCUCUUGUCUGCACAAUGGCUGUACUUGCGAAGGAUACCAGUACUAUGAUUGUGUGAACGUAGGCUUUGUCAAUGGAAAAGUGCCUGAAGGACAGUCCUAUUUGGUCGACUUUGGAAGCACAGAAUGUUCUUGUCCCAAAGGUGGAGGUAAAAUCAGCUGCCAGUUUAUGUUAUGUCCAGACCUUCCACAAAACUGCAUUGAUGCUGUGCUACCAGCAGAUGGAUGUCCCGAAUGUGGAAGAAUAGGCUGUGUCCACGAAGACCAGAAAUAUGCUGCAGGACAUACAUUCCACAUGCCUACGUGCAAAGUGUGCCAUUGCCCUAAUUCUGGCGGUGACCUCAUGUGCUAUCAGCUCCCAGAUUGUAAUGAAUCCACAUUAACCUCCCCUAAUCCAUCUGAUACCAUGGAAGUAGAGCAGCACUAUGAUGAUCCCUACAGUUAUGACCAAGAGGCACCAGAAGGGGACACCACUCAGGUGGAGCCACCCAAAAAGUACUACAGUUAUUCAACACAAUUGGAACAAGAGAGCAUAGGCCAAGAACAAAGUGAGGAUUAUGACUAUCUUGCAAGCAGUGUUACUCCACCUUCACUGACUCAGUCUGUUUCAGACCCAGCAUUGCCACAACAAACCAGCACAAAUAUCCCUCUCCUAAAUCAUCCAGAAAACAGGAGCAACAAUGAAAAUAGCAAGGUCAGGAUGAAUACAAGCACAGGAUCAACAACUGAAGCACCACAAAGAUAUAAGAUGACCACUACAAAUAGUGUGUUAAAGGAAGAAGUCAUGGCAACAACAGAGACACCCCGGAAUGGGGCCGAAGUGGAGAGACAAAAUGCGAUCAACCAUGAGAGAAUUGAGCAAGGAGAAAAUCCUCAUUUUAGAAUCAAACUAAACAUGAAAAAAGACCAGAAAUUAAAAGUACCCAAGUCAUUGGAUUUCAAGGAAUCCAAAAGAGAUAACUUCCCUGAAGUCAAAUUUAAUCCGACACCAUCAUCGCUGAUUGCCUUGAAAGAAGACCGUAAUUGGAUAGCCCCCAAACAAUCUCAAACACUUUAUCAUUACCAGCCUGAUGAAGACGUGGAUCCCAACUCUGUUCAUACAUCCUCCAAAUUAUCAGAAGAUUCAACAAAAGAUUUAAUUGAAACUUGCUGUGCUGCUGGACAACAAUGGGCUAUUGAUAACAAUGAAUGUAUGGAAAUUCCAAUAAGUGGAACAAGUGGUGAUAUUUGCAGAAUUGCUCAAAAGCAGUGCUGUGUCUCGUAUUUAAAGGAGAAUAGCUGCAUUGCUGGCAUGAUUGCUGCCAGAGAAGGUGAUUUAUGUGGAUCAGAUGAAAGCGAUACCUGUGGAGGAUCAUUUUAUAAGCAAUGUUGUGAUUGCUGCAUGUUGGGGCAACAAGUAAAAAAUGAGGGUCAAACCUGUGAGUCGAACCCAAAUCUUGGCUAUCCUUGCAACCAUGUGAUGCUUUCCUGUUGUGAUGGAGAAGACCAUCUUAUUUCUCCAGAACUGAAGAGACAGCCUGAACCAUUGUCAACAGUGACACCUGAAAAAUUGACAGAGAGAGAGGAUCGCCAUGAAGCCUUGUCAAUUAGUCAUGAAGCUGAAAUGUCAAACAGCCUGCCUGGGGAUGACCAGGAUGAGUGCCUUGCCUAUCCAGGAGAGCUUUGUCAACACCUCUGCAUCAACACUGUGGGGUCCUACAAGUGCUCAUGUUUCCCAAGCUUUACUUUGCAAGAUGAUGGACUCAGCUGCAAUCCAGAUUUUGAAGAUGAUGCACAAAAUACUGCCUUAGAGGAGAAAGCCACUCCAGCUCCAGAAGCUUUAAAUAUUCAACCUGCAACCAACAACACUUUACAAGUAGAACAAGAUAAAUGUAAAGAUAAUGGUCCCUGCAAACACAUUUGUAAUAUGGUGGAAGGGGAAAUUGUAUGUUCUUGUUCACUUGGCUUUGUCCUCCUGUCAGAUGGUGUUUCCUGUGAAGAUAUUAAUGAAUGCGUAUCAGAUACUCAUACUUGCAAGAGAGGAGAACAUUGUAUCAAUACAAUUGGAUCAUUUACGUGUCUUCAACAACUCAGCUGCCAAUCAGGAUAUGAAUUUAGGGAUGGUGAAUGUGUUGAUAUUGAUGAAUGUGAAAGAGGAACUCACAGCUGCAAGAUAAACUUUGCAUGUCAAAAUACAAAAGGAUCAUUUUACUGUGAAUCAAAGCAACGAUGCAUGGAAGGAUUUUUACAAGAUCCGGAGGGAAACUGUGUUGACAUUAAUGAAUGUACAUCACUUCCUGAGCCAUGUAAGGCUGGAUUCAAUUGCAUCAAUACUGUUGGGUCUUACACUUGUCAGAAGAAUCUCUUAAUAUGCAGCAGGGGAUAUCAUUCAAGUGAAGAUGGAACCAGAUGUGUUGAUGUUGAUGAAUGUCAGUCUGCCACACACCGCUGUGGAGAAGGACAGAUUUGUCACAAUCUACCUGGAGCCUACCGCUGUGAUUGCAAGAUGGGAUAUCAGUAUGAUUCAUUCAGCAGAACUUGCAUUGACAUAAAUGAAUGCUGGAAUUAUCCAGGCCGACUCUGCCAGCAUUCGUGUGAAAACACUCCUGGAUCCUAUCACUGCUCAUGUUCUUCUGGAUUUCGCUUGGCUUAUGACGGGAAACAUUGUGAAGAUGUCAAUGAAUGUGACAAUAAUCCAUGCAGUCAAGAAUGUGCUAAUAUUUAUGGUUCCUAUCAGUGUUACUGCAGGCAAGGCUACCAAUUAGCAGAAGACAGCCAUUCCUGUAAAGAUAUUGAUGAAUGUGCCCAAAGUGCAGGCAUCCUGUGUACUUUCCGCUGUCUCAAUGUGCCAGGGAGUUAUCAAUGCGCUUGUCCCGAUCAAGGAUAUACAAUGGCCGCCAACGGAAGGACUUGUCGAGAUAUUGAUGAAUGUGCAAUGGGAACCCACAACUGUUCAUCAGCAGAAUCUUGCUAUAAUAUUCAAGGCAACUUCCGAUGCCUUUUAAUUGAGUGUCCACCGAACUACAGAAAAGUGUCUGACAUGAGAUGUGAACGUAUCAACUGCUUCAACUAUUUGGAUUGCCAAAACACUCCGCUCCGCAUUACUUAUUAUCAGCUUAAUUUCCAAACAAACAUUGUUGUUCCAGCUCAUAUUUUCCGAAUUGGUCCCUCGCCUGCUUAUGCCGGAGACAACAUAAUCCUUACAAUCAACAAAGGAAAUGAAGAAAACUACUUCAAUACCAGAAAGCUUAAUUCCUAUACCGGUAUAGUGUAUCUUCAGAGGCAAGUGAGGGAACCCAAAGACUUCUUCCUAGAUGUUGAAAUGAAGCUUUGGCGUCAAGGAACCUACACAACCUUUCUGGCCAAAAUUUAUAUUUUUAUUACAUCUCAUGCGUACUAAGAUGGAUGUAUUACUGUUGAAGCUCAUUGGUGCUAUUUUUUUUUAAAAAAAAAAUCUUUCCUGCCAAAGCUUGUGGUAAUAGAGGAAAAAACUGAUAGAAAAAUAUAACCUUUCGUAUUUUUUCUAGCUCCUAAAAUACCUUUGUUUUUGUACAAUUAACUUAAAAUGUAUUCACCUGUUUCUCUUUUAACUCUGAAAUGUUUAUCUGACCAAAAUAAGGUUGUUGAGCUUUGAUGCAAAUGUGUACAGUCGUUAUGCUGUCCUUUAAAAGUUAUUUUGAUAUUGCACCGAUGACAACCUCAGAAUUAGUUACCAAGGUUGGGGGCAUGAUCUAGCCAAACUUAAAUAGUCCAGAUAAGAUGGAUUUCAAAGGGAAAAUAAAUAUGUAGCCGUUAAAAUCAAUUGUAUUUAAAAGAUGCUUAAGUGCAAUUCAGUUGCGCUGAUGAGAGGGCAGAAGGCCAAUUCCCAGUCUUUAAAACAACUUAAAGAAAAGAAAAGAAAUUGCAUGUCAGACAGUGAUUUUUUUUUCAUUUAGUGACAAUUACACAAUGUAGUUUUAAAGAGACAAAAAUCUUCCUUUGCUGAAGAUGCCCAUAAUAUGUGAUGAGAUCUUGCUGUGCCAGUCAAAUUCUGUUCUUAUCCCUCCAUCCUUAGUGGAGGGAUAAGAACAGUGACUUAGUGAAUCAGAUGUUGAUCUGACCAUGUGUUCCCCCUUCAUUGAUACCCCACCCAGUUAACUAAAGCUGUUGCCUCUUCUGUUUACGUUGGAAAUUAUGGCUGCAGUGCAGAGGAACAAAUAAGUGACCAGGAAUAAGUCUGACCAAACUUAAUAUGCAUAUAGGCCUCACAGUUAAUUCACCUGAAAAAAAUACCUCCUCAUAUAGUAUUUAUAUAAUCAAGAUUUACUUUUCCCAUAUCUUAGCAAAUGUCACUGUGAGACAUUUCCAUAGAGUUACCUUUCCAUCUUAUUCAAGGUUAUUGGUGCUCUAAUACCAUAGGAUGUGAAGGCUACCCCUUAACAUCUGAGACUUGCUACUUGCUGUGCUUGUCGUGUAAAUUCUUGGGACUGGCCAUGCCAGGAGGUAUAGAUGUAUAUCCUCCUUUUUACUAUGUUCAUGCCAGCACUAUAGGUAGACCUCAACUUACGACUAUAAUUGACCUCAACAUUUCUGUUGCUGAGUGAGACAUUUGUUCAGUGAGUUUUGCCCCAUUUAACGACUUUUCUUGUCAUACUUUUUAAGCGAAUCACUGCAGAUUUUAAAUUAGUAAACUCGUUACUAAUUUGCGCUUGUUAAGUGAAUCUGGUUUCCCCAUUGACUUUGCUUGUCAGAAGAUGGCAAAAGAUGGUCACAUGACCCCAGGACACUGCAACCGUCAUAAAUAUGAAUCAGUUGCCAAACAUCUGAAUUUUGAUCAUGUGACCAUGAGGAUGACGCAAUGCUCGUAAAGGUGAAAAAUGGUCAUAAAUCACUUUUUUCAGUGUCCUUGUAACUUUGAACAGUCACUAAUUGAGCUGUUGUAAGUCGAGGACUAUCAGUAUAAAACUGUUACUACACUUUGUUGGCCAAUAAAAUUGUUGCAUAAAUCUCUCAUUGCUCCAAGAAAUACAUGAAGGCUGAACAUCUAUGUCAAUGAAUAACAUAGAGCAGGGGUGUCAAACUCAAGCUGGAGGCUCCCAAGGGCCUUCUUAGCAAAUGCUGAGUCCAGGGCCCUGUGCCUCAUGAUGGAGACAUGUGGUUUUCUUGCUGUAGCAGCUUGCUUUCUGAAAGAAGCCUCAUGAAAGAUACAUAGAGUAGGCGUCAUCCUUUGAAUCCAAACAAGUCCUGGCAUUUAAUUCCUUGGGUGUACUGGGCUAGCUUUAAAAGAAUGGCUCUUCUUAGCCACUCAAGUUGCAUAGUACUGAUGCUACAAGCAACCAGAUGACUGUUAGAGAGAAUGUCAGACAGACCCUAACCCUAACCAAUGUGAUUAUUUACUCAGAGUAAUUUCUUUUUUUUUUAUUGAAAAGUUUUACAAAAAGUUUACAUAUUCCCGCCCCCUUCCCUACCUCAACCUCCCCACUCCCCCCCUCCUCUUCCCAGAACAAAUUACAGGGUAUAAACUUCAACAAUCAUAAUCAAUCCUAGUCUAAACAAUUAUGACAUCCCACAUCUCUUGUUCCUUCAAUUCCCUAAUUACCCGCCUAGCUUUAUUACUUAAAGACACACCAAAUAUCUAUAUAAUCAUUCAUAACCUAUCUGCAAUUUCUUAUUCCGAUAUUUAUUUUGAAUAUAAUCUAUCCAUCUUCUCCAGUCUCUUAAAUAUCUUUCAUUUGAAUGAUCCUUCAAGUACGCCGAGAUUUUUGCCAUUUCCGAUAGAUUUGUAACUUUCAUUGUCCACUCUUGGAUUGUAGGUAAAUCUUGUAGGUAAAUCAGAGUAAUUUCUUUAUUGUUGCUCACCCAUAGAAAGAAUCUUGCCAGAUUAAAGCACAAUCUGCAUAAUUAUCAGACAUGCCCUGUAAAUAUCUAGGGAGGGUCCACUCUGGGCCUCCUCCUGCAUACCAAGGAUUCCAGGCUGAUUUGCCUCUUAGCUCCUCCUGAAAGAACCCUUUCCCUCCAACAACUCUUUACCAGACUCUAUCACAUACAAGAGAACGAGAAUGGGUGAUGCGUCCUUUAUGCUGCCAUCUAGUAGUUCAGAGUUUGGCACUCCUUUGACCUCGCUUAAGGAUUUUUUCCCCUCCCUUGUUAUUCUAUGCUGGGGAACCAUGGCUGCCUGGAAGGAAAGAAUAGCCAUGCAUUUAACUAUUUUCCUAUGCCUCUCAGGGGGAUCCUUACCUCCAAAGGCCAUAGUGAGGCAUGUUGUAUGCAAGUGUAUCCGUCUGCGUAACUUGUUUUAUAAAUAGCAAUUUCUAUCUCCUUCUAGACAACUCUUCAAGAUAGAAAACCCAUAUCUGAUCUUGCCCUCAACACAGAUGAACAUCUCUUAAGUGGUCCAUAUUGUGAUAGACCACAGGCACAAUGAGCCUGUAACUUAAAUCCCAUUUAUUUGGAAAUUAGUCCCAUUCAGUACAAACUGGAAAUAUUUCUGAAUAAUAUAAAGCAGAUUUGACCUGAGGGCCAAAUCUGGCCCACGGGGUACUUAGAUCUGGCAAUCAGGGCUGUCCUGCCAACAGUGGAGGACUAGCUCAUGGUGCCUCUGCCAGCGAAAUCAGAGCUCGGGGGGGGGCGCACAUGUCCUAACUCUACCCAGGUCUGUUUUCACUAGCAGAAAGCUGCAGGAGGCAGUUGCAGCUGAAAAUGGACAUCAAGCUGGCCACUCUCCCCGCCCCCCAGCCCUUAAGGUCAAACACAACCUUGAUGCGGCCCUCAAUGAAAUUGAGUUUAACACCUCUGACAUAGAGGAUACUCUGUCAUUCACCCACUGUUACAUUUUUUUUCUUCCCCUUGAAAGUGAUGCACACUUAACAGACAAUCUUUAAUUUAAAAUUAAAUAAGAACUUAACACCAAGAGGCACUUGGUGAUCUACACUUAAAGUGAAGUAAUUUCAGGUCAAAAGAAAACAAUGGAUGCACGGUGCUUUCUUGUUGAAAUAUAGCUUGCUAAUUGGGGCAUUUGCUUGGCUUGGUUUUUAAAUUCUAUUCUGAAGGGACACUUUAUUUUCUAGGAAUGUUAGAUUCAGACAAGAUGUAUUAUAAUUUUUCAAGGAAAUAUCAAAGAUGAACAAUGCCAAACCAAGAUACUAAAAUGUUACAGUAUUGAAUACCUGAUUGUAUUGCAUGGCUAUCCAAUUAAGAUAAACUUGAAGUAGAGCGAUAGGUAUGUUUUCUAUUUUUCUAGCUUGAAUUGCCCAACAAAACUGGAAGAAUAUUUGGCAGUGUAUGUAGACUAUAUCACAUACUAAUAACCCAAUGCAAAAUGUACAUUUUUAUAUUGCUCUUACUCUAUAAAAAUAACUGAAUGAGAUUGAAAUCUAUAGCCCAUAUGAGCUAAUAGAUAUCUUAAUCAAAAGAUUUGUAGAAAUUUACAAAUGAAUAGUGAUUGUUAAAAAUAAAUAUUUGGGUUUUUUAGAUAAAAUAGUUUCUAGGAUUCAGCUUCUAUUCAAAUAUUCAUUAACUUGGUUAUGUAAAGCUAACUUUUAGCUGUUUGCUAAAAGCAUAGCUACAACCCACAUCUUCCUGUAUUUGUAUAGCUCCUAUUUUUGGUAUGAUUGAAAUCCUUUGGUAUGUCUGAAAUAUUUUCCUAAUUGUGAAGACAGUGCCUCCCUCCAACUGAUCUUAACCUUUGAUAGGUUUGGUCACCUCCAUGGAAUUUUCUUAGCAAGAUAGAAUCACAGCCACCUCUGCUUUAUUUUAAAAAAAAAUUCCAGUCUAAUUCACAUAUUUUCUGGUGGCAUCCUCUUCAAGAAUUAAUCAGGUCCCUGGUUCAUGUUUUCCAAGAUCCGUUAAGGUCAGCUUGAUGCUGUACCUGGUGUGGCCCAGUGCAGGAGUGUCAAACUCGCAUCAUCACAGCAGCAUCAUGUGAUGUAGCGCAACUUUUUUCCCCUUUGCUAAAAUGGGCGUGGCCAGGGUGUGACGCAUCCGGCCAGGAGGCCAGAAGUUUGACAGCCCUCCUAUAGUGCAUCUUAGAUACUACGGCUCUUCCUAAGAAUUGUUUUGUGACAUAUUGGAACAUGCAUGGGGCCCCACUUUUCAAAUAAUUACAGCAAGCACAACAUUUGUAAGGCUUUGUAAGCAUUUCUUGGGCUGUCUCCAGAUGCAAAGUGGCCAAACAAAAAUCUUAGCAGUGCAUGAACAAUUUGAAAAGAGGCGUGGUGCAGUGCUGUUGCACCUCUUUCAAAGACUUUUUCCAGCCCUCUGUACAAUAAGUUGCUUCUUUUCAGCACUGUUGUGACUAAAUGAAUGGUUGUAAAUCGAGGUCUAUGUGUACACACAAGACAUGCAGUACUCAAAACUGAUUCUCAUGAAAUAUCGUAUGAGGCCCAAAAGAAGAGUUAUCGUGAAUUCAACUUAAAUUCAGGAAUUUCAAGUUGGUUACAGCAACCGUAGCAUGUUUUUGCUUAUAGCCCUGCUGUAACACAAAAAUUGGUGUCUGUUAAUAUACUAGAAAAAGCAUCCAUCAUUCAUCCAGGAUAUUUCAGUGUUCAAUAUUGUUCGCACAUUUCAUAAAAGCACUGGUUUUAUUGUCAUUCUAUAAGGUGCCAAAGGAUCAAUAAAAUUAUGAGGGGGCAUUUGA